AUGGAACUCAGGGCGAGGGCCUAUCAAGUCCAGGAGAAUGAGGUGAAAGUCUAUGCAUCCAUUGCAGUCGAUGCAGAACAACGUUUUCCCGCGAAUCUCUGUUUGGUCAUCGAUGUCUCUGGUUCCAUGCAGCUGCCGGCGGUGUUGAAAGAUCAAGAAGCGAGUGAACUGAGUAUUUUGGAUAUCGUUGUGCAUAGCUGUCGCACCGUGAUCCAUAGCUUAUCUGCAGAGGACCAGCUGGGCAUCGUGACCUACUCCGAUGCUGCUGAGGUGAAACUGGCCUUGACCGCCAUGGACGCUGCGGGGAAAGCUGCGGCCGAAGCGGCGUUGCAGACGCUGAGAGCGGAUGGACAGACCAAUCUGUGGCAGGGCCUCGAAAGCGCCCUGGAUCUCCUCCGCUCCGCCACCUCCAGCGGCCGCAUCUCCUCGGCGCUGCUGCUGACGGACGGCGUGCCCAAUGUGGAGCCAGUGGAGGGGCACCUGGCAGCGCUGCGGAGGUACCAGGAGGCAUCUGGAAAGUUGCCCUGUACGCUUCACACCUUUGGUUUCGGCUAUGACUUGGAUUCCCAGUUGCUGGACCAGUUGUCUCAGGCAGCUGGUGGCAUCUACGUCUUCAUCCCUGACGCCGGCUUCGUUGGCACCGCUCUCGUGAACUGCACCGGCACCGCGGUGACGGCGCUGGGGCGCAACGCCCAGCUGACGCUGACGACGGAGGGGACGAGCUGCACGAGCUGCACGAGCUGCCGGGCGCUGGGCUAUGGCGAAAGGAAGGGAACGGUGGAGUUGGGAUCGAUCCAACUUGGACAAAGCAAGGACGUGAUUUUGGAUCUGAAGUUUGUCGCAAGACCUGAGAGGCUCAAACUUCACCUGGAGUUUGAUGGCCCUGCUGGCAGUGAGUCUCACGAGUUGGACGUGGAUCUGCAGAGCUUGCCGACCGAGCUGUCCGAGGAAUGCUCGUUGCAGAGCUGGCGCCUGCAAGUUGUAGAGAUGACUCAGAAGCUGUUGGGCUUGAAGGAGGAAGAGCUCCCAGGCGCCCAGCAAAGAGUUGAGGACUUCCUUUGCUUUCUGAGAAGCGCGACCACCGCAGGUGCAGAUGAGCGGCUUUCGGCACUGCUGGAAGACGUGGAUGGUCAAGUCAGGGAGGCAGUUUCGCGGCAGGAUUGGUACCAGUCCUGGGGAGCUCACUACUUGCGUUCGCUAUCACGAGCACAUCUGGCUCAAGUGUGUAACAACUUCAAGGAUCCUGGGGUCCAGCACUAUGGUGGCAACUUGUUUCACGAGGUCCGGGACGCCGCAGACGAGAUCUUUUUAAAGCUGCCACCCCCGAAUCCAGCGACGCGAAGCAAUGUUGAACUGCUGAUGGCCAUGGGCUUCCCCGAAGAUGAGGUGCAGCGUGCACUGGAGUAUGCCUACGACAAUGUGGAGCAAGCGGCCACCUACUUGAUGGAAGGUAUGCCUGCACACCGCCCUGCAGUCCGCCCAGUUGCCCAUCAUCCGCACCGAACGGUGGAUAUGAGGGCAUACUAUGAUGCCUCAGGUGCUGUGGCUGAUCGGCCCAGAGGUUUCGGUGUGUGGCGACAAGAGCCGAGUCCGACUGGUCGUCCCCGGCCCUCCACGUCCAACUGCACCUGGCGCAUCUUUCGGCAACGCCUGGACCACUUCGAGGACUCGGACGCGGUCGACGUCGCGACCUUCCCACAGCGGCUCUGCCUCUAUGAGGGCUGGUGGCGGAACGCCUCCCUCAGUGGUUUCAGGGCCAGGGGCACUGCGCCUGGACCCAUCUUCUUCUACACCGGAAACGAGUCGCCGGUGGAUGAGUAUGUGAAUCAAACUGGAUUGAUGUGGGAGUUGGCGGAAUCCUUCGGUGCUCUCUUGGUCUUCGCCGAACAUCGCUGCGAACCCAAAUCACACGGAGCCUUCUGUGGCAAGGGCGCCGCCCGGAACUGCGUAGGCUACUGCACUACCGCCCAAGCUUUGGCAGACUACGCCGCCAUCCUCGCGGACCUCAACCGUGGGGCCGAGAGAAGUGCUGUGGUGGUCUUCGGAGGUAGCUAUGGAGGAAUGUUAUCCGGUUGGAUGCGCAUGAAGAUGCCCUCGGUGGUCGAUGGUGCCAUCGCAGCCUCCGCGCCGAUCUGGCAACUGGCUACCACCGUGACGCAUGAAACGCUGGACUGGCCAUCUAUGGCCAUUUCUCGUGGGCUGUCGGCCGCAGGUGGUGCGUCCAACCGCUGUUUCGACACCCUCCGCGUGGCUUGGCCGUUGCUCGAGGGCGGCUUCCGCAGCUCCCAGCAGCUGCAGCUGCUGAGUCGCCGCGUCAACAGCUGCGCCACGCUGCGAAGUGCCCGGAGCUUCACCACGUGGGCGCAAGAGGCCUACUUUCUAUUGGCUGAAGGGAACUAUCCCUUUCCAUCCACCUACAUCCCUUCGGCUGUGGGCGAUGGUGGUACUCUUCCCGCCUGGCCCAUGCGUGUGGCUUGUAGCCAUCUGAACGAAGACUUCGGGGUGCAGCUGGAAGGAUCCCUGAAGGAGCUGAAUUACACCGUGACCCUGGGAGAUCUGAAAGUAUCAGUUGAUUGGUCCCAGCUGCAGAGCAACGCUGCCCAGCUGUCUGAACGACAGCUGCAGCCGCUGCUGCGCUUGGCGGAGCAGGUCACCAAGGCCUCCGCCGUCUGGUACAACGUGAGCGGCACCAAGACAUGCUGGCAGAUGUCCCAAGAGGUCUCACAAUCGACGCAAAAACCGUCAUCUCCAAGUGGAGCAAAAUGCCCUACUUGCCCUGCAUGCGACAAGUGCCCGCUGUGCCCGGUAAGUCGAUGUGCUCAGAUUGAAGCCCCUUGUAACUUCACUGGUAGCGUGGAGAAAACGUUCGCGUGGACCAGCAUUGUUUGCAACGACGACCUCUCGCAGAUCAGCGCCCGCGGUGUGGGUCGCGAUUUCUAUUGGCCGCCGUGGCCCUAUGGAACGCCUCGCAACUACACCGUCGCCAGCAUCACAGGCCCUAGGGGUCCUCAACCGGGUACAUGUGGUGCAGAGCUGUCCGCCCAAGGGUUGUUUGGUGCACCAAACACCACAGAUCUCUGGAGCUCGUGGCUAACGGCCUACUACGGUGGCCGUGACGAGAUUGGGCAGCACCGCAACAUAGUGUGGAGCAAUGGAGCCCUAGACCCCUGGUCUGGCAUGGGAGUUUAUCCCAAGAAUUCCAAGGGCUCUGAAGGUCCCAUGGUGCAGGAGAUCAACGAGGACGGUUCCCAAAUAUCCUUGGUGCUGGAUCUGGGUGCCCAUCACCUGGACUUGAUGUUCUCAGAUCCCCACGAUCCGCCCUGUGCUGCGCAAGCGCGUGCCAUUGAGAAGCAACGGAUCUGGCAGUGGUGUCAGGAGGCAUAUAGCCGCUAUAGCAGCUCUGGAGAGACGGAUGCAGAAAGUGUGGUCUUCUAG